AACGUCUCGCUAAUACACGGCCACCGGUAGUAAUGACGAUGUACUCCCAGUCGGUCCGCGCGCCGCCGCCGCCGCCAUGCAGAUUCGUCCCCCGUCCAUGUUACGUCAUGGCGCGGCCCCUGCUGGUCUUCACGCCCAGCGGCGCGUUGUUGAAGGCCGCCGUGCGCGACGUGUGGGCCAGCAACUUCGACGAAGAGCUCUCCAACCUAUCGGCGGUGCUGCCGCGCUACCCCUGCGUUUGCGUGGACACCGAGUUCCCCGGCGCGGUUCACGACUCGGACUUGCCGCGGUACAUGCGCGGUCCGCGCGAGAGCUAUGAGCUGGUGAAGCGGAACGUAGACGACCUCAAGCUGCUGCAGGUCGGGAUCGCGCUUUCGGGCCCCGCCGGCCGGUUCCCCAUCGCGUGGCAAUUCAACAUCCGGGGCUUCGACCCCGCGCUUCACCCGCACGCGCCGGCCUCCAUUGCCAUGCUCCGCGAGCAGGGGAUGGACUUCGCCAUGCUGAACGAGUUCGGCAUCGACCCGGAAGACUUCGCCGCCGGGUUCCGCUGCAGCGGCCUCGCCUGCGGGCGGCUCACCUGGACCGCCUUCUCGGGCUCCUACGACUUCGGGUACCUCGCCAAGGCGCUCACCGGCGGCCAGCCGCUGCCGGACACGGUGGACGGCUUCCUCGCCCUGGUCCGUCGGUUGUUCGGGCACAGUGUGUUCGACGUGAAGCACCUCGCCAGAUGCUGCGCCAUGCGCGGGGGGCUGGAGCAGGUGGCCACCGCGCUCGGCGUGAAGCGCGCCGCCGGCCGCGCGCACUGCGCCGGCUCCGACAGCCUGCUCACCACCGACGUCCUCCUGCUAAUGCUGCAUCGCUUCUUCAGGAACGUCGAUGUUCUCGCGCACGCCGGAACCAUCGUAGACCUCACCUAGAUUCCUAUAGUACUGCUUUUCUAGUGGAUAGGUUUUAGUUUUUAAGAUGUAGCCAUGCAUGGAGCGUCCAGCAACUAAUUUGUACGAAUUGCUUUUAUGAAG